AUGAAAAAGAACCAUGUUACGUGGAGUACAGUUCAACCAGACCCUUUCUUUACCAUUUAUAGAAAACUUUGCAUAUUGCCACGUAUUGUAAAGAUCCCCACGAUAGAACCUAGCCCAGAUAGAAACUGGCUGAGAGUGAUUCGGAUCUCAGACGUGGUUCUGCGGGCAGUGGAAAGGAAACCUAAGUCAAAUCUAGAGCGUGACUUCGCUAAAUGA